AUGUCAGAAAUUACACUGACAGAGUCCAAACGGAAGAGGAAAAGAACCUCCACUCCCGCCGCAGCCCGGACACAGCCCCCGCGGCCCCCCCAGCCCCACCGCCCCGGGCACCCGCGACUGCGCAGUGGGGAAAGGUCGCAGCCGCCGCUCGCCGCUUCCCCUUCCGGCCGUGCCGGGGCUGCUGUCAAGAUGGCAGCGGCGGGCGGACGGCUGCGGUGGAUCCUUGGGGCAGCAGUGAUUGCACAUGUGGUGGCAUCAGGUGCGGGUUUUGUGGUGGAUCUAGAUGAGUCGUUUAAAGAAAAUCGUAAAGAUGACAUUUGGCUUGUAGAUUUUUAUGCACCUUGGUGUGGCCACUGCAAGAAACUGGAGCCUGUGUGGAACGAAGUGGGUAUAGAAAUGAAAAAUAUGGGCUCACCAGUAAAAGUUGGGAAGAUGGAUGCAACUUCUUUUUCUAGUAUUGCAUCUGAAUUUGGAGUGCGAGGCUAUCCAACAAUUAAGCUCUUAAAAGGUGACUUGGCAUACAGCUAUCGAGGACCGAGAACUAAAGAUGAUAUAAUUGAAUUUGCUAAUAGAGUGGCAGGACCACUUAUCAGACCACUUCUUAGCCAGCAUAUGUUCGAGCAUGUGCAAAAGAGGCAUCGUGUACUUUUUGUCUAUGUUGGUGGUGAAUCUCCUUUAAAGGAAAAAUACAUUGAAGUUGCUUCAGAACUAAUAGUUUAUACAUACUUUUUUUCUGCCUCAGAAGAUGUGCUGCCUGAGUAUGUGACAUUGCCGGAAUUGCCUGCUGUAAUGGUCUUCAAAGAUGGAACUUACUUUGUUUAUGAUGAGUAUGAAGAUGGCGAUUUGUCAUCCUGGAUAAAUAAAGAAAGAUUUCAAGGUUAUCUCAAUGUAGAUGGCUUUACACUGUAUGAACUUGGAGAUACAGGAAAACUUUUGGCUAUUGCAGUCAUUGAUGAUAAAAACUCUUCAGUGGAACAUACCAGAUUAAAGUCUAUUAUUCAGGAAGUUGCUAGAGAUUAUCGGGAUCACUUUCACAGGGAUUUCCAGUUUGGCCAUAUGGAUGGAAAUGACUACAUUAAUAGUUUACUAAUGGAUGACUUGACUGUUCCUACUAUUGUUGUACUGAAUACCUCCAAUCAGCAGUAUUUUCUACCAGAUCGACACAUUGAGAACACAGAAGACAUGGUUCAGUUUAUUAACAAUAUCUUGGAUGGUACAGCUGAAGCACAGGGUGGUGAUGGACUUCUGCAACGAAUCAAGAGAAUAAUCUAUGAUGCCAAAUCUACAAUAAUGUCUGUGUUCAAGAGUUCACCACUUCUGGGAUGCUUUCUCUUUGGGUUGCCCCUGGGGGUCAUCAGCAUUAUGUGUUACGGAAUCUGCACAGCUGAUACAGAUGGAGGGGUAGAGGAACAUGAGGCAGCUAAAAAGGAAACCUAUGAUCGGGAGCUCACAGAUGAAGGCAGUGAGGAAGAACAAGAGGAGGAAAAGAAUGGAAAAUAUACAGAACUUUCAGAUGGAGAGCUGAAACAGAAAGACAUAAUGGAAAAGAAAAAAGACUAGCUUGUUUAGAAAAAGAAUUCUCUAGAAUUUUCAAAUAGACUUAUUUAUUGAAGGCAGUCAUUUAUUGAUGAUAUUCACGAGAGGACCUUUUUGUCUACAUUAUUGUAAUUUUGAUUUGCAUGUAUGAAAAUUUUCUCAGAAAUUUGACAGAAAAAAGAAAAGGACAUUCUCCUUAUUGUCUUAGAAAAUUAAUGAAGAGCAAUUUAAACUGAAGGAAUUUGCAGGUACAAUUCUACACCAUGUUGUUCUGAAUUGUUCAUUUCCAGAAGAGUGAGAUAAUUAAUGCUACUUGACCUUACUUGACUAAUAAAGGACAGCUAAACACUCUUUCAUAUAAAAUUAAGGCUGAAAACUAAGAAAGAUUAAGAAAUCUGUGAAGUUUUUCAGUGCCUGAUAACUAAAAACAACUUAGUUUUCCAAGUUAUUACAUGUGUUAUUACAUGUUCUACCCAUUGCACAUUAUUCUGGAAAUAAAGCCCCAAACUUUUUGUUUUCUCAAGUGAAACGGAAAAUUUUAGGAAUUAGAGGACUGUUUUAUCAUGAAAUAACAAUUUUUGGCAGUCAAGAAUGUUUACUUGAUAUAGUAUGUGGGAGCUAUAUGCUAAAUUAAUUCUAUAUUAGCACUUCAGCAGCUACAAAUACUGGAAAACUACAACAGAAAACUUUUAGAACGUUUGCCUAUUAAAUUGCUUUAGGUGAGAGCUUACACAGAUUUAUAGUGCAAAUGAUCUUUUCAGUUUUCUGAAUACACAGUACAACGUGAUAAAGGAAGACAUUAAUAUAAACACCCUCUGGCUAUUUUAACUAAGUCUUUAAUGCUUUUUGAAUGGUGUUUUAGUGCAUAAUUCAGAUUGUUAUUUGGUAUUGAUACUUUUGUUCGAGACUGCUACCUACUCUGAAGGAGGCAGUUAAUGGAGCAUAUUAACGUUCAUAGAGAUUGGUCACUGUAAUUAAUUUUUGUUACCUGUUUAGUCAUAAAAAUCACUUUUAAUACAAUGCUGUGACUGCAAAGAGGACUAAUUUCUGUCCAGAGUUAAAAUCUCCAAGGAUAAGCUGUAAAGCAGCCCUUGACACUGAUGUCAUGGAGACUACCACAGAAAUAAGACAUAUAUUGCUCUUCCUCCUAUUACUCAUGCUCAUUUUUUAUCCUGAUAACUUUUGUUUGGUUGGUUGGUUGGUUUUUUUUGUUUGUUUUUUUUAAACCUUUAUAAGUGUAUAAUACAGGUCAUAAUGUCAUCUUUAUAAGGCAGCUUGAUCACAUAAGAAAUUACUAUGCUAUAGCACUAAAUUAAGGAAAUUUUAAGUAAAAACAUGGGUAAGCUUAAAUAGACAAGUUCUGUGUUUGAGUAAAUGUGAUGAUGACAUAAAUCAUAACUAGGGAAAAUGCGAUGAAUUUUUUUUCCUUGUAGGAAAUAAACUUUUCUUUUUUAAAUAGCUUGGUAACUGGCUUCAUCUUCCAGUGUAGAGUACAGUAAAUAGAUGCCUGACUUCAAAGAGUUCUGUUAUCAAACAAUAUAAAUGAUAGCUAGUGAGAUUAGGAUCUUUUUUAGAAGAAUUCCAUGUCUGAUUUUGAGUCCAACUUUUUCCUUUCCAGAGGAAAGUAAAAUAAGUGGGUUUAUAGAAGAAUGAGUAGUAGAUGUCUGAUUUGGUUUCUUUCUCUUUUUGUUUUCUCCUUUUUUCUUCUAUAAGUUGCCUUUUCCAUUCUGUCAUUAUAGCUAGUUGUAUGUAGUUACUUGAGUUUUCUUUCUUUUUGACUUAACUUUUUUUGGGAGAAUAUUUGAGGUGUAGUCUUAGAAUAUAUUAUUGGAGAGUGAGAUGCUUAAAAAUGUGUUUAGAAUUUUUUUAACAUGGUAUAGAGCACUUAAGUUGUUUUUUUUGGGGGGUUGGGUUUUUUGUUUUGGUUUUUUUUUCCAGAAUAGUCACUUCAUGACAAGCCUGAAAAUUUCUUUGGAAUUUGAGCACAACUAGGUGCUGAUAUUCAAAAUAUAGGACUAUUAAGGCAGUAAGAUGUUUUCUUGCUUUAUCUCUUUUCUUAAGAGAUUUCACCUACAGAUCAGUUACAUAUUUAAUUUUGGUUCAGGUUGGAAACCUGCAGCAUUUGGCUUGGCAAAAAACUUGAAAUGGUUUCUGGGACAUGUUCCUUCUAUGGUGUGUAAUAAAAGAAAAAUAAUUCUGAACUCGGCUGCUCUGCUGAGAACUGUUUCAACUAUGAGCCUUAAUUUUUAUGGUUAUUUUUCUUUGUGUUCAUAAUUAUUAGCAGCCAAAUACUUUUCUGAGAAAUCUUCUGAGAUCUGGACCUAAAAAUGAUAAAUACAAUUUAAGAAGGAAGUCACUCUGGGGUCUGUAAAACUAUAACAUUUAACAUAAAAUUUGAAGGAAAGUGUGUGUGUCAGCCACUCCUGGAGUAUCAGAAAUUUCUUGAACAACUCAAAGUUAAAAUUGAAGUGUACUGCCAUUUCCAACAAGUCCUUCUCCCAGCUAUAUUUAGGAAGACACAGGGAGGAGAAAAGCAUACAAAUCAUAUACUGGAUAUCAGAAGUGAUGUGAAAUUAAGAGUGUUACUGUGGUCAUACAAGUAAUCUAGAAUGCUGUCUGAGUGGGGAAUCUGGCUUUUUUUUUUUUUUUCUUCAAUCUUUAAAGGUUUCUUAAAGCAACUUCCCUGUAAUAACUUUAAAUUCACAAAAUAAUGCUUCUUUUUUUAAGUCAAGUGUAAGCUUUUUGUUUUUCUGUAAUAAAAAUAUUUAAAAGA